GGUUCCUUACACCAAACGAAUCUUGUUGACUUGACUAUAGUGCCAUCAAUAUUCAUUUAUUUCUCUCUGGCAUUCACUAUUAUUUCUCUCUCUCUCUCUCUUUCUUUUCAUCAUUAUCUUUCUCUCCAAGUACUAAAUAGAUUAAUUUCUCUCUUCUCUGAACUGGCAUCGAACCUUUUGAUAUCUUUCUUGUGCCAGAUGUACGUACCGGAAUGGUGAAUGAACCGACGACAAGUGCUGAAUUUGAGAAAUUCGCAUGGAGAAUCGAUGAUUUCCGCAACCAGAAUGUAAUGAAAUUGCGUUCAAAGUCUUUCAAAAUCCGAGGCUGUACAUGGAAGAUCCUUGUGUAUCCACUGAGGAGAGACGUGAACCAUUUUUCAGUCUAUUUGAUGGUUGGUGAUUCUUUGCCACCGUAUGGAUGGAGUAGAAACACGUUUUUCAAGUUAGUUCUAGUUAAUCAGGUGGAUCGGAAGAAGUCAAUUGAAAAAUUAACUCAACAAAAGUUCAAUGGAGGACAUCGUAGCUGGGGUUCAUUUUUCUUGAAUCUCAGUGAUUUCCACGAUCAUAAACAAGGGUACCUUGUGAGGAACACAUGCAUCAUUGAAGCACACAUUUGUGUCUCCGAUAUAGCACAAAAGACUCUAGUUUACCCAAAUUGUUCUCCAACCCAUGAUUCUCUACCAGGUGGUGGUCAUGAUCAAGCAACAGAAUCAUCCUCAGAUGACAGAGACAGUAGCAUUAGUCCCAGAACCUCAGGAUCAAGUUCAGCAGAAGGAGAAGCUCGAGGUUUGACACUAAGGGAACUCAUAGACUUGGAGAGUUUAGAGCCAGAAGAAGCAGCAUUCAUUCCACUCUUGGAAGAGGUUUGCAUAUGGCACCCUAACCUGAUACAAUGUCAGAAGAAAAGGAGUGUGAGGUUUAGACAAUGGGCCUUCACAUCUUUGGGCCAGGUUUUGCACUUCCUCAAGACUAAGAAGGUGAAGGACAUGAGAGAUGAGGACAUAAAGUACCUUGAUGGUUUGUGGAAGGAACUGGUGAAGUCCUCAGGGUUUGACCUGGCUUGGCUGCAGCCAUAUGUUGAAUCAGCUUUGGGGUUGAAAGCUUACAUGGAAAGAGCAAAGCAGCUGAAGAAACUUAAGGACAGUGUGGUUGGUUUGGAGAUCAAGAUGAAGAGGCUCAGGGGGGAACUGGCUAAUGCUGAAAAGGAGUUUGACGUUGCAAGAAGAGGCUUGUCUGAAGUGAGAAGGGGUUUCAAUGAGAUGGAUGUAAAUGCUGCAAUUGGUUAUGCCAUGUUUUAGGAGGAUCUGUUUCUUAUUUAACGAAUCUUUCUUCUAAUUUUGAAAUAGGUCCAAUCUUUUGAAGAAAUUUUAAUCAAUAGUGAAUAGAAUAUUAGAAAUUGGGUGUGGAUAGUAUUUCUGUUUAGUCAUAUUGUUACAUGUAUGAAUCUUAACUAGGUGUAGUGAAGAGCAUGCAUGCACAAGUUUCCAUUUCUAGUUCUGUACGUACAAAUUAUGCUGAGACAGUACUGGCUUGGGUAUAUAUAUAGCUGAUAAAUUUUUUGUUAAUUAAGUUAAUUUUUAUUGUAGAUGUAUAUCUUUCU